UUCCUAGCCUCACGGAUCUGAUUAUCUUCGGCGGUGAUGCUCCUGCUCCUCGAAAGUCGACCAAAGUUGCAAAAACACUACUCACUUCACUCUGAACAAUCUUUGAGGCUCUUCCUGAUCUCUUCCAUCCAUGGGCGAGUGGGUAAUUGGAGCCGUUAUCAACUUGUUUGGAAGCAUUGCCAUUAACUUUGGAACCAACCUCCUUAAGUUAGGUCAUGAUGAGAGGGAGAAGUACUCUGUGCUGGGUAAUGAGGUAACAAAUGUAAAGUCUACAAUGAAGCCAAUUAUAUACUUCCAAACAUGGAGAGUUGGUAUUCUAUUCUUUGCUAUAGGAAAUUGUCUCAAUUUCGUUUCAUUUGGAUAUGCUGCUCAGUCACUUCUAGCAGCUUUGGGAUCUAUACAAUUUGUCUCGAACAUAGCUUUUGCCUACUUUGUUUUGAACAAAACAGUGACAAUCAAUGUACUGGUAGCCACUGCCUUUAUUGUUCUUGGAAACAUCUUCCUUGUGGCCUUUGGCAACCACCAGUCACCUGUUUACACGCCGGAGCAGUUGGCUGAGAAGUACAGCAACAUUACGUUUCUUCUAUACUGUCUCACUUUGGUCUUAGUUGUUGCUUUACAUCAUUCAAUAUACAAGAGAGGAGAACUGAUGCUUGCUGUCCCUAUGAAUGAAAGUAAGCCAUAUUGGCACAUGCUGCUUCCAUUUUCGUAUGCAGUUGUUUCAGGUGCUGUUGGAUCAUGUUCGGUAUUGUUUGCGAAGUCUCUUUCAAACAUGUUAAGAUUGUCCAUGUCAAGUGGUUAUUCAUUGCACAGCUGGUUCACGUAUUCCAUGCUCCUGCUGUUUCUUAGUACAGCUGGAUUUUGGAUGGCAAGGUUAAAUGAAGGACUUUCGUUCUUUGACGCAAUACUUAUUGUCCCUAUGUUUCAAAUCACUUGGACGUUUUUCUCCAUUUGUACAGGAUUUGUGUACUUUCAGGAAUACCAGGUCUUUGAUGCAUUAAGAACGACAAUGUUUAUUCUUGGAAUGAUUUCUGUAUUUGUGGGCAUUUCUUUGCUUGCCCCAGAUGAAUCAAAAGGAGGUGAAGUGAAGGAUGGUUCUUUAGUUUCAACAACUUCAAAUUUGUCACAGGAUGAGGAGAGGCUGUUAAUGCCAUCUGAAGACUCCCAAAUUAAGGAUAUAAGAUCAUUUGGACGAGUUAUGCUGAUGAAAGCUGCUAAUAUGAUUGUAAAGGCAAAGGCUGCAUGUUCAGUAUCACUAGGCUUUGGUGAAGACUCACUUCAUGCAUCAUCAGUGCUGGUGAUGCCCAUGGUUUCAUCGAAAAUAACAGGCUUCCGAGGAGGCGGUCUUGAUCGGGCAAAAAUAUUAUCUGUUCGAGGACCAGGUUGGAACAAAUUCGCAGUUGAUAAAGAUAGUGAGACAAUCCUGGAGACAACUGCGAUGUUGCCCCAAGUCUGUCAGAAGGCAGCAGAUGCUGGGACGGGGAGGGGAACAGCAUAUGUUUGAAGAGGUAGGGCUAGCUAGCAUGAUUUGUAAGGGGAAUAUACUACGUUGAUGAA